UAGCUGCCAAAUGUGCAAGUGGUGAUGACGUGUCAAAUACUAAUUGGUUCUUUCUCUCCAUUGAGUUUUGCUGAAUAGGAGCACAUCUAGGGUUCACCCAUGGAAGAAUCAAACACCACCAAAAACUCCAAGUAUGAGUUGUAAACCUUAUAAAUUCCAAUUUAAUUUCAUGGGUGGGUGACACAUCAGAAAGAUUCCAUGUGGGCCCCAUUUUUAUUUGCACAUAUUUCCUCUAUUACAUCCUCAACAAUCUAAUAAUUCAUAAUGGGUUCUUAGUGAAUUUCAAGAAAUACCCAAAUUAGGUUAAAUUGGAGCAUUAGGGUUUGGAAUAAUUGGUAAAAUUUACAACUUAUUGUUUGAGUCUUGAACAACUGUAAAGAGGAAACUGAUAGGAAAUUCACCCUCCCACCGAACACUCAGUUUGAACGCGUGUUACUUUUUUACACGAAACCUUCUCUAUAUAAACGAACACUUGCACAAGAAUUAUUUACUCGUAUCGAAAAAGAAUCAAGAACAAUCACCUUCUUCUCGAUCUUUUUUUACAAGAAAUCUUGAGAAAUGAAUCAGUUGGCGUUUGUGUUUGGCCUUCUAGGCAACGUCGUCUCGUUCAUGGUUUUCCUUGCCCCAAUCCCGACAUUUUACACAAUAUUCAAGAAAAAAUCAACGCAAGGGUUUCAAUCGGUGCCUUACGUGGUCGGGUUAUUCAGCGCGAUGCUGUGGAUAUACUAUGCGUUUCUCAAGCCCGAGACGACCCUUCUCAUCACCAUCAACACAGUUGGCUGUUUCGUUCAGUCUACAUAUAUUUGCUUCUACCUCUUUUUCGCCUCGAAAAAUGCUAGGAUCCAAACUGUGAAGCUGAUUCUAUUGCUAAACGUGGUUGGCUUCGGUUUAAUAAUUGUACUAACUCAUUUCUGGGCAAACGACUCAAACCGAGACGAUAUUGUGGGAUGGAUUUGCCUUGUCUUUUCUUUGUGUGUGUUCGUCGCACCUUUAGGCGUUGUGAGACAAGUGAUACGUACAAAAAGUGUGGAAUACAUGCCAUUUCUUCUCUCGUUUUUCCUAACCCUAAGCGCUGUCAUGUGGUUCUUUUACGGCCUACUCCGUAAAGAUUACAACAUCGCUAUUCCUAAUGUUCUCGGAUUCUUGUUCGGUGUGGUACAAAUGGUGCUUUACGUGAUGUACAAAAACACGAAUUCGAAGAAAGUGGUGAAAGAAAAAAAAGAGAUUUCUGAAAUAGAAACAAAGAUAAUUGUGUUAGAUGAAAAUAAAUUACCAGAGUUAAAAGAGCAGAUAAUUGAUGUGAUGAAGCUUGGUGGUGCAGCUGUACUGGGAAUUAUUCCUCUGGUUCCAGUCCACGUGGACAACCAUAUUAUUGGAGUUGGAACUCAGUGUAUUAAUAAUGAUUAAUUAUACACAUAUACAUAUAAUUAUAUAUUAUUAAUUAAUUAAGCCAAGAAAACUUUCCAAUAACUGGGAACUAAUUAAGCUUUUAUCUUCAGUUAAUUUGGUUU